UCUCGCCGCGGUGGUGCAUAAGUUAGAGUUACAAAUAUUGUAUAACUGGUGAUCCCACGCACAAGAGCUCUUCAGUUCCAGCUUGCUGGAAUGUGGAAUCACUCAUCCGGAAAAUGACUGCCCGAAAUGUGCUGUUAUUUUUGGUUCUUUUUAGUGUAAAUAUCUGUGAUAACGGUGUUCUUGCGAAGGUGGGUGAUUAUGACUUCAUUAAUCUGCCGAGAUCGCACCUACCACUGUAUUUCCGACGGUUUCCUGAGCUUGAGCAACGUUGCUUGAAGGAUGAGACUUGUGAGUAUCGGAGCGUUCUCCUAGGAGAGUCCUACCGGACUGCUAAGCAGUCCGGCGUUUGCUGGGGAUACGAGGAGGACUGCAGUGUGGAGGCUCGCUAUUCGAAGCCACGCUGUCCAGGCAGUUACCAAGGCUACGUUCGAACGAAAGAGGCACAGUUGGAGACGUUCUAUGCCCAGGCCGAUUUCGGCUUCCUGCGGGAUCAGAUUAAGGAGACAAGGAUAAUGUGUGAACCGACUUUUCCCCAUGAUUCGGCUCUUGAGUGUUCCCAGUAUCUGCGAUUCUGUCGGGGAAGAAACAUUAUGGUUAACUUUACCGAUUUGGCUAAUCGACAUGAACCGCUCCGUUACAAAAUGGAUGUUCUAUCGCAGGGUCAGAUUGGUGGCCACUGUCGGCUGCACCGGCGACGGCUCGAAAGCGAAUUGGAGCACGUCAGUCCGCUUCAGUCCUGGGCUCCGGAGCUUCGAUUCUUUGAGACUACUAGUCAACCAUUGGCCGAGAGUGGUCACUGCGAUGUUACUUUCGAACGACCCGCCUUUAUUAUGAAAAUCGAUGCUACUAUUAAUAUGUAUCAUCACUUUUGUGAUUUCCUCAAUCUGUACGGAUCGUUGCAUGUGAACCUAUCGGAUGCGACAGCUUUCAGUACGGAUGUUCAUAUACUUGUUUGGGAGUCAUACAGUUACAGUUCACCGUUCGCGGAAACAUUCAAGGCUUUUACUAGUCAUCCUAUUUUGGAUUUAAAAACAUACGCCGGAAAGGUGGUGUGUUUUAAAAAUCUGGUGCUACCAUUAUUGCCUAGGAUGAUCUUUGGACUGUAUUAUAAUACUCCCAUAAUAUCUGGCUGUGAGAACAGUGGCUUGUUUCAAGCAUUCUCAGAAUUUGUGCUGCACCGUUUGCGCAUUCCAUUGAAGGCAGCUGUAGAUCACAAGAUUCGAAUUACAUUCCUCUCUAGGCAGACGAAAUUUCGUCGGGUACUCAAUGAAGACAAAUUAAUAGAGGCGAUUUCCGCUAACGAAGACUACAACGUCAAUCGAGUGAGUUACAGCUAUCAGAUGGAUUUUCGAGAACAGCUUAAAAUUACUCGCAAUACGGACAUUUUCAUCGGAAUGCAUGGAGCUGGUCUUACUCAUUUGCUGUUUCUGCCAAAGUGGGCCGUUUUGUUUGAGCUGUAUCACUGCGAGGAUCCGAACUGUUAUAGAGAUCUGGCCCGGUUGAAAGGAGUUCAUUACAUGUCGUGGGAACGUGACGACCUAGUUUAUCCCGAGGAUGAAGGCCAUCAUCCGGACGGUGGUGGUCGACACGCAAAAUUUACGAACUAUGCUUUUGAUGUCAAAGAGUUCGAACGAUUGGUGGCAAGGGCGGCGGAUCAUGUGUCCUCCCAGAAAGAGUACCGAGAGUUUUUGGAACGAUCUCGAAAGAAACGGGAAAAGAUUAGCUUGAAGGAAGAACUAUAACGGCCACGGGCUUAUGCAAAGAUGGCUAUGAACGUACUUACUCAUGUUUACCCAAACCUCAUUUAUGGACUAAGAUGUUCCUAUUAAAAAUGCUUACCAAUGUUGCCUUUAAAACAACGAAAAAUAUCAGUAUACAAUUACAUACCAUAAUUUCUUUUACUGCUACGUGCUCGAAGAAAUAUUUAAUAUUUUGUUAACGAAUAAUGUGAUUAAGACAAACCAGCCUGCCGUUA